AUGAUUACCCUCCUCCUUCGACUCAUCUUCAUUCUUCCAGUCGUGAUGCUGAAACAUAUCCCGCCCCGGUAUCGAGUCCACCCCGGAUACUCAUGGCACCAAGCGACCUUCAUCGUCGUUGUUCGGUGGUUUCUGGAAUACCAAGCACGCUCUCGACCGGUCACACCUCAACCUUUGGGACCAGAACCCGGAUUUCCAAACGACGUCACCAUCCACCCCUCCGCCGAAAAGAUGUACCUGAGUCCACUGGACGAUGGAGAGAUUCGCCCAACCUCUGUGCGUGCAACGUGGUAUCCCUGUCCACCACCGCCACCAGCCUCGACAUCGACAUCGAACAAUCGAUCAAAAGUCAUUCUGCACUUCCACGGUGGCGCGUACGUCGUGGGGAGCAGCCACCCAACAGACUGCGGCUUCAUGGCCAAGAAACUCCUUCAACACAACGUGGCGCCACACGCUCUCUUCCUCGACUACAGGCUCUCGUGUACGCCUCAGGGGCGCUUUCCCGCCGCACUCCAAGAUGCCGUGUCCGCGUACGUGCAUCUCCUGGGACUUGGAUAUUCCAGCGACAACGUCAUCGUCUCGGGCGACUCCGCGGGUGGCCAUCUCGCCAUAGGAUUUCUGCGGUACCUAUCUUGUCAUCCGACCCUCAAUCUCCCCGAGCCCAGGAUCGUCUUGCUCUGGAGUCCGUGGAUAGAUGUUUCCAAAGGAUACGACGACCCAACUCGAAUAAGUCGGAUGCAGAAUUUCAAGACCGACUAUAUCCCCGUCUCAUUCAUCACGUGGGGGGCACAUGCGUUGGUCCCGAAAAAUAGUCACAUUGUGGACGUCAAGUCCCCUUACAUCAGUUUCCUAGGGAACCCGUUCGCCACGAAAUCCAGGGUAUGGGUCCACGCGGGUGCGUUGGAAUUGUUGUACCCCGAGAUUGUCGAGUUUGUGGAUCAAAUGGCCGAGGUCGAGGGGAAUGAGAUAUCUUUGUGUGUUUCGCCAUAUGCAAACCAUGACAUUCUCGAAACAGGCCACAUGAAUGGAUUCGGCGCUGAAGUCGAUAGAAUUCUGGAGGUCGCGCGAGCCAUCGCGGCGCAGGACGAAAUGUCGUGA